AUGAAUAUCAGGGCACACUGCUGUUCUACCUCUUUUACAACUGUGGAAUCAUCCUUUCAGGAUCUGGAGCGAGAGAAGCAUGCCCACAGUAUACUGCAGUUUCAGUUCAUCGAGCAAAAAGAAACACUGAAGCAAAGUGAAGAGCUGCUGACUGAGAUUCGUCAAUUACACUUCAAACAAGAGGGCUUUGUUAGGGAGAUUUCUGACCUGCAGGAAACUAUUGAAUGGAAGGAUAAGAAAAUUGGGGCCUUAGAGAAGCAGAAAGAGUAUUCUGAUGCCAUUCGAACUGAGCGGGAUGAGCUCAGGGAUGAGGUGGUUCAACUCAAAGACAUUUUAAAGAAACAUGGCAUUGUCCUUGGACCAGACCUGUGCACCAAUGGAGAAGUGGAAGGAAAUGUGAGCAGUGGGUCUGCCUGCACCGAACUGCAGCAUGGGAGCAGUGUAUUAGGCACUCAGGAGUUGCAGCUGUUUAGAGAUGAAAAUGUAGGGGGCUCCAGAGGUGGCCAGUUCCAACACCAACAGGAUUUUGACCAUGAAGUUCAAGAGAAUCACCUGCCUCCAUCUGUCUCUGGCAGUUCUUCUGAAUCUCCUGUAGUAGCACAUUAUAAUAACCUCCAGUGUUUUGGUCCUUUAGGACUGACCAGAGCUUUUUUAAUACAUACCUGUAAUACACUGAAAAUGGUUAAUAUAUUAGUCACUUAAAGAAAAUAAGAUAAUAAUGUAUAGAUGUAUAGAAAAACCUGUUAUGUUCUGUCUAUAAAUUCUUGAUCUGCUUUUCAAAAAUCCGUCUAAGGAAACUGGUGGAUGAACGAGAGAAUUUGAUUGAACAGGUAAGAAUCUCACCUUUAUUAAAUGCUCACUUUAUUUGUAGGAUAAAUAGGAUAAAAUAGACUAAUUAUAGAAUUUAAUAAUUUAUUCUUAUUUCUAGUUAAUUAGUUUUUUUUAUUUUUUUAUUUUUUAUUAUUAUUUUUCAUUUUCUCCUCCCCUUUCUCUGUUUUCUUCUUUUGUAAAGCUUCUUUGAGACAAGGUUCAUUGUAAAAGGCGCUAUACAAAAUAAAUUGAAUUGAAUUGUUGCACUAUUUAAGAAUGGGGGUUAAUUGAAAAUGUUAUUCAGUGCUACCUGAUCUACAUUGAUCUGUAUUUCACAGGACAUUGCCACAUGUGUGAUAAUUAUUGCACCAUGUUUUUGUUUUUUUCCCCCCCAGGAUCUGAUGUGAGAUAUUGAUCUUUAAUAACUGACAUUUUAAAUGGAGAAUGCAAGUAUAUUGUGAAGCUUUGGUGAUUGUUCUUUACUUGCUAACAUUUGGAGUUUUAAUGUAUAGUUUUGAGUGAUGUAUGGAAUUGUCCAUAUAUGAAAAGGUCUUCAUUUUAAAGCCACUUGAAAGUGAUCUGAAGUGGAAGGGUUGAAGUGUAACACAUCAAGGGAAUAAGUGGAAUGGGUUUACUUUGUGGAGGAUGUUAUAAAUAUUAGAAUACUUGGUAUAUGUAUUUGGUAUAAAAUUUCAUAGCACAGUGUUGUUCCUGAGGGAGCGAUAGAAUUUUUUUUUGGGGUUCACUUCAGAGAAGUAGUCCAAUUCACACUGCUGUCGCUGCCUGUGAGCUGAUACCGGGGAAGAAUUAUGCCAAAAGAACCACACAGGGUCAAUGCUCUUCAAAGCUUAUUGAGACAGACAGGGAGUAUUUAUACAAAUCAAAGAUCUUUGUCAUUAUGUAUGUGCAAUAAAACAAUACGCAUCAAAGGUGUCAGCAGAGGUGGUGGCAGAUAUCUCUACAGGUGGGACGCCGACGGAGUGAAGCAGAACAAAGAAUUCCUUGGUCACAAAGUGUAUUGUGGUCAUAAGAUAAGGUCAUAGACAAAAGACAUCAGAAAAUCAGCACAGAGCGUGCCAAGAUUUAUUCCAAAUCUAUCAGGGAGGUAAUAGAAUUAGUUUCUUGGACAAAGACAUGCGUUGUAGGCUGAUUGGCAUCUCUAAAUUGUCUGUAGUGUGGCAGUGUGAGAUUGUGUUCUGUGAUAGACUGCCAUCCUGUCCAGGGUGAACCCUCCCUAGUGCCCCGAGUCUCCUGGGACUGACUUCAGGCUCCUGUUGAUACAGUAGGAUAAAUGGUUUAGAGGAUGGAUGGAUGGAUGGAUGGAUGAGUUGAAUAGUUUAAUGCUUCAGGUUUACUUGCAUGUUUUGUGGAUUUUUCCUAAUUAGCAAAAUUUUAUCUAUCUAAUUGCUUUUUUAGUUAAUUUUAAUACCGAUGUAAAAUAUAAAAUAAAAAAGUAAAAAAUAUAUAUGUAAUUUCGAACUUAAAAUUAUGGUUGAUUUUAUCAUGUAAUAAAUUGUUUUGAAUGUUUGUGGGAUUUUUACGGCAUUAUCAUUGUGACCAGAGAAUGUUCUAGUUUUAGGGAAAAUCUGUCGGUGAAAUAGCUUAAUAUUAGGAAAAUUCUGUUACACUGUCAUACGUGUUGAUAACCGAGGCAUUCCUGUCUGUGUGGAGUUGUAAUAAAAAUAACAAAAUAAAUAAAAGUAGUAAUAAUAAUACAGUGAAGAAGUGGUCAAUAUCAAGGGCCUUUAUCCUCACAAAUGUCUGAGCUUUACUCAUAGAUCAUCUGCAUAGUAAGAGUUUAUCGCAAAAUAAAUCUGUCUUCAGUUACACUGGAUAUCAGUAAUCCUGUGUGGGUCAUUAGUAAUAUGUAACUGUAAAAUAUUUGUAAAAUGUGAAACCUGACCUCCUGCUUGACUGUAGUGUGGAAUAUAACAGAAGUUAAUGUAUAACAAAAUACAUUUAUUCCUUCGAUCAUCAGCCAUUGAAUUUCUGAAAAAUGACAUACACUUUAUAUCCAGGUAAAGAAUCUAAAAGAACAACUUGAGCAGAAGAAAAAGAGUCAUAAAAGAGACGAGAGCUGCAGUCCGGGCGGACAGGUCCAGGAGAACAGCACUGACCCAGAUAUUGUGGACAUGCAGAGUAUGACACAGUUUUUUAUUGUCUUUACAAGGAGAGAUGGCACAGACCCAAUACCAGGACAUGUUUAAAAGAGACAUGAUUAUAUUUUAUCCUAGGAUUUAUUUUGUGUAUACUUUGUGUUUUACAUAGUUGUUUUGUGUGAAGGGAUUUAAUCAGAUAAAUAAAGCUGAUUGUCAAAGGAUUCAGUAUCAGCAUUGGACAUGAAAACGUGGUAUUGUGCCAUAUUUAUUUACAUAUAAUACUAAAGCCUACCACAGUCCACCUAACCUUAACCUCUGUACACUGAAGAAGGAAUAAAAGCAAUUUUUCUCAAUUAUUUUUAUUUAAUAAAUGGAAAUGUAAUGAAUUUGCAUAAAAUAUGGAGUUCUGUAUUUGAAAAAUGUUAACUGAUGCUUUGUUUUAGGAGCAUCACCUUUAUUCUUUCUGAAUUUCUUCCAGUCUGUAUGUCCCCCCCCCCUUUUGCUUUUGUCUUUUCCUCAAACUGAAUCUAAAGCUGCUGGUAAAGGUCACUCCCUGAACCCCCUGCAAACGUGCACCAUAUUAUGACAUUUAAUGCUGCCAUAUUCAUGGUAAUAAAUUUUGUUCUUGGAUGAAGAUUGAAUCACCUUUAUUGCUUCAAAUAAAAACUCACCAGCAACCUUGACAAUAAACAAAAUGAA